AUGCUACUGCGCGAGGCUAUUAAGCCUUCGGCACCCUCAGGUGUAAUUUGCUACACAGAGCUGCAGUCUAGCGGUAGAGGGCGCGGUACCAACUCAUGGUCUUCACCUCAGGGUUGCCUGACGUUUUCCUUCCAAAGCGUGUUCACAGACGGCACAACUCUGCCAUUCGUGCAGUACCUUGUGUCGCUCGCUAUUAUUAAAGCCUUGGAAAGGGUGCAUACCGCAGCUCCUGGUUGUACCAACCUUGUGAAGAUUAAGUGGCCCAAUGAUAUCUACGCUAAUCAGGUCAAAAUUGGCGGAAUCCUAUGUCAAUCUGAAUAUUGUAAUGGCAAAUUUAGUGUCACGACCGGCAUUGGCAUUAACAUUUCUAAUCGAUCGCCGACAACAUGUCUACAAGACAUUUUAGGCAUAGAAGAACACCCUUGUACUUUAACAAAGGAGCAUUUUUUAGCUGCGUUUUGUAAUGUGUAUGAGCCCAUGGAGAAGUUGUUUCUCGAGCAAGGCUUUGAACCCUUCAUGGAAGAGUAUCUAGCGCGAUGGCUGCACACGGAUCAAGUCGUACAGGUUGCGAGUAGUGACGAUGCAGGCGGUAGAAAGGUGCCUGCUGUGGUCAAGGGACUAACGAGCACAGGGUGUCUUUUAGCAAAGGGUGAUGACGGUUCUAGUCUUGAACUUUACCCGGACGGAAAUUCGUUUGACUUUUUGACCGGUCUAUUGAAACGAAAGCUAUAG